GUCCGAAGAAGAGCUUCUAUCAGAUGCUUAAACGUACUUCAUUGCAGGCUAUCAUACUACAGUUUUUAUGAUGGUGUGGACAUUCUACUACAUGUGUGAAAAUCAAGAAGUGCAGGAAAAAGUAUACCAGGAAAUAAUCGAAGUCAUUGGCAAAGAUGAAAAAGUAAACCAUGUGAACCUGGAAUCACUGAAGUACAUGAGAUGUGUGUUUGACGAGUCUAUCAGGUGCUCUGUGUUGGCACCAUUUGCAGCCAGGAUCAAUAUGAAUGCAGACAUGGUGGUACAGGGCUAUACCAUUCCAAAAGAGACACCUAUGGUGCUUGCAUUGGGUGUUGUACAAAUGGACGACGAAAUAUGGCCUCAGCCUGAAAGAUUCAUUCCAGAACGAUUUUUGCCGGAAAAUGCCAGUACUCGUCACCCGUUUUCAUUCCAACCAUUCGGCUUUGCUGGAAAACGAAAAUGCCCUGGAUAUCGUAUUACCUAUGCAGGGGGCGCUGUAUUCUUAGCUACAUUGUGUAGAAAGUUUAAAUUUCAAAUGGUAGAAGGGCAAACCAUUGAGAGGAAAUAUGGAUUCGUUACCAUACCGAGUAACAAUAUUUGGGUUACAGUUACGAAGAGGGACUGAUUAUGUAAACAUGUUGAAUUAACUGCUUACAUAAUUGUAUUAAUUACAUAUUGUGGGAUAUAUAAAUAUAUAUAUUAUAAAAUUGUUGUCAAGCUUUUCAAGCUUCACAGGUUUUAUAUAUUCUAGAAUGCACAUGAUAAUAUAUACGCAUUGCCUUAGGUGGUUAUUCGUUUUGAAAACUGAUAUACUACU